UCCACGCCGGCGCCGUGCCCGCUCGCCCGCCCGCCGGGCCGCGCACCCUCGCCGGCAGUGGGAGAGCCGGAGCGGCGGAGGUCACCGCGGGGAGGCGGGGCGGGGCAGCAUGGCAGCCUCCUUCUGGCUCCGCGGAGCCGCCUCCGGCCUCCGGCCCUGGAGCCGCCGGCAGCGGCCGGCAGCGGCCAGCCUUGCAGCGGUGUGUUCUAGGUCAAUGGCCUCUAAGACUCCAGUUGGAUUUAUUGGACUUGGCAACAUGGGGAAUCCAAUGGCAAAAAACCUCAUGAAACAUGGCUACCCACUCGUUAUUUAUGAUGUGUUCCCUGAUGCGUGCAAAGAGUUUCAAGAAGCAGGUGAACAGGUAGUGUCUUCCCCAGCAGAUGUAGCUGAAAAAGCUGACAGAAUUAUUACCAUGUUGCCCACCAGUAUGAAUGCAAUAGAAGCUUAUUCCGGAGCAAAUGGAAUUCUGAAAGAAGUGAAGAAAGGCUCACUAUUAAUAGAUUCCAGUACUAUUGAUCCUUCGGUUUCAAAAGAAUUGGCCAAAGAAGUUGAGAAAAUGGGAGCAGUUUUCAUGGAUGCCCCUGUUUCUGGUGGUGUCGGAGCUGCUCGGUCUGGGAACCUCACGUUCAUGGUGGGAGGAGUCGAAGAGGAAUUUGCUGCUGCCAAGGAGUUGCUGAGCUGCAUGGGCUCCAAUGUGGUGUACUGUGGUGCUGUUGGGACUGGACAGGCUGCAAAGAUCUGCAACAACAUGCUGUUAGCUAUUAGUAUGAUUGGAACCGCGGAAGCUAUGAAUCUUGGGAUCAGGUUAGGGCUUGAUCCAAAACUGUUGGCUAAAAUCCUAAAUAUGAGCUCAGGACGGUGUUGGUCAAGUGACACAUACAAUCCUGUACCUGGGGUGAUGGUCGGCGUUCCCUCGGCUAAUAACUACCAGGGUGGAUUCGGAACAACACUCAUGGCGAAGCCUUGGGGAGCCACAGUUCAAAAUGAGCCUUCCUCCCCAUCUCAGCGUGUCUCUCCUGCCUUUGUUUGGUUUAGGAUCUGGGAUUGGCACAGGACUCCGCCACUAACACAAAGAGCCCGAUUCUCCUGGGCAGCCAGGCCCAUCAGAUCUAUAGGAUGAUGUGUGCAAAGGGCUACUCGAAGAAGGACUUCUCGUCCGUGUUCCAGUUCCUGCGAGAGGAGGAGAACCUCUGAGUUGGCACUUUGGCCCUGGACACUCUUGGAAACCAAACUCUGUCUUGGAGCCUCCCCACUGCUCACUCCACAAGUAAACGAGCUUAAUCAAAGGUCACCUGUCUGCUUCAGAUUGUCUAGGUCACAGUUAAAUGGGUUUUGCACCCAUUUUUUACUGCUUAUUUUUAUCUAUUUAGCAAACACACAUUAUCUGAUUUUUUUUUUUUUUUCUGCAAGCCCCCAAUGGUCUCUGUUAACUAGCUGAUUGACCUUUUUCAAAAGUUUGAUCCUUGAGCAUAUUCAACUAAAUCAUUGAUUACUUCAAUCAGGAUAUUAUUUAUACCACUUUACAAACAAAACAAAAUAUUCUCCAACAGGACAAAAUUGAUCUUAAAGAGGAGAAAAAAAACACAAAAAACUGCACAGAAGGAGUUAGAGAACGGGGGAAUACAGUGAGUUACUGCCUGUGUCCCUCAGCAAGCUUGUCCUGUUUACCAGGUAGUGGUAUUCUUGCAUUACUGAGGUUACUGUGUUAUUUUCUGGGGAAUUGAUAAAGCAGGAAAACUCCUUGCUAUAUGUUUUAUAAUUUGGACUCUGUUACAGUAUCUUAGUGGGUCCCUCUUGUAACAAUUCCCAAUACUCAGCAAACUUGUUUUUAUAUUUUUCCUUCCUUGUACAUUCUUACCACAUAUUUUUGACUUCAAAAGAAUGACAUCUUUAGACCUGUUUAAGAGCCAAUGAUGAUAUUUGCUUUAGAUAAUUAUUAUAGUAUUCUACAUAGAACCAUAUUAUUUUGAAAUUGAAUAAAUUUCUAUGCUGAUAA